AUGACCUACGGCACGUGCCUUUCAAGCACAGACAAUAAUAACCCGACAACUGUAUGUGAUAAUGGCCUUAACACUAACCGUCUCACCUUCUUCAAAAACACAACAAACAAAGAAAUCUCGUCUUCCGAACUAUCUGUGUCCAAAUUCAGCGAAAUUGACAUUCAGGAUGAUCUGUUUCGGCUUCAGGAGAAGCUGAUCAAGCUGAGCUCACUGGUGAAGGUGAUCGAGGUGAAGCACAGCAGCGUGACGACGGUCACCGAUUUGGAGGGGUUCAAGUACAAGAAGCCCCGACGGCGUUUUCACCUGCGCAAGAAGAAGAGCAACGCUGGCAGCAGCAAGAGCAUGGACCAGGGCGUGGAACUGCAGCAGCAUCCACUCAAGGAUGACCAGUUGUCACUGCGCAGUGAGAACUACCUCAGCCUGUCGCACCCUUCGCUGGCCGAAGAGGACCCCUCCUCUGGUGCGACCUCCUCCUCUGUGGGCCACGUCGACAGCGAGCUGAACCCGAAACCUCUCUCCAAAACUGAAGCCAUGACCGAGUUUAUUGCACUGGCUAACGAAGUGAACAACACCUACAGGGAGCUGUUAAAGUCCUUCCAGGAAGAGCAACAACAGCGCACAGCUAGGAAGGAAUUGCCCUUCGUAGGCAAUCAAAACAACAACAACGCCGCCACCGCCACCAGCAGCUCAGCACUGGAGGACGACUGGCCAACAAAGCGAGGCAGUAUGAUGAACAAUCGCAACAGCAGCAUCGACGAGUACGAUGAGCCCACGUUUCACCAGAAUGUGUCCCGCUACUCGCAGGAUGACACUUCAGUGCUCAGCAUGUCAGAGUACUACGAUGCAGAGGAUAAAAUGGUCCCCUCUGACUACAAUUCAAGCACCUCUGAAGAGGAGGAGGAAGAGGAUGACGAUGAAAGUGUGAUCACCGAUUUUAGUGAAGAUGGCCAAAGUGGAGGUGGCAGUGGUGGUGGUGGGAGCCAGGUGGUGGCCAAAACAGCGGACGGCGAUCACCACUUUGCCAGCACUGGGCGACGCACCAAACUGCCCAGUGUGCAGCCUUCAAGUGAUAUAAGCCUGUGGAGUCUAUUGACGAAGAACAUUGGCAAAGACCUGUCGAAGAUCAGCAUGCCUGUGACAAUCAACGAGCCGCUGAAUGUGCUGCAGCGACUGUGCGAAGAGCUGGAGUACUGCGAACUGCUGGACAUGGCCUGUACGGUGGAGGAUCCGUGCCAACGAAUGCUCAUCAUGGCGGCAUUUGCCGUCUCCGCUUACAGCUCUUCCUCUUACCGAGCCGGUCACAAGCCGUUCAAUCCACUGCUGGGCGAGACGUACGAGUGCGACCGAGAGGACAAGGGCUUUCGAUUCGUCUCUGAGCAAGUGUCACACCAUCCGCCCAUCUCUGCGUGUCAUGCUGACGCAAAGAACUACGUCUUUUGGCAGGAUUUGCGCGUCAAGAGCAAGUUUUGGGGCAAGUCAAUGGAGGUGAUUCCCUUUGCGACGGUGAACGUCAUUCUGAAGCCGUUCAACUGCCACUACAAGUGGAAUAAGAUCACCACCUGUGUGCACAAUCUCUUCAAGGGCGAGCGGUACGUGGACAACUACGGCGAACUGGUGAUCAGCGACACUGCCAACGGACUGACCUGCAAGAUUACCUUUGAGAAGGCGGGCUACUGGUCAAAUAAGAAGAAUGAAAUCACCGGCACUGUCACCGUCGGCAAGGGCGAGGUACUGGAGAAGAUUUUUGGUCGCUGGAAUGAGUCCAUUCACUGCGGCACUCCGCCGGCCACUCGACUGCUCUGGCGCCCUGGAACGAUGCCCGACAACUUUCAGGACUACUAUGGUUUCAGUCGAUUUGCCAUUGAGCUGAAUGAACUGACUGAAAGGGACAAGGUGACCCUUCCACCUACUGACACUCGUUUCCGGCCUGAUCAGCGUCUGCUGGAGGAGGGGAAAACGGCCAGCGCCGAAACGGUGAAACUCGACUUGGAACGAGCUCAACGGGAGCGCAGGCGUCUGAACGAGGCAAAGGGAACUGGCGACCCCGAGUACACCCCACUCUGGUUUAGGAAAGAGACGUCAAACAACAACGAGGAGACGUACGUCUACAAUGGCAAAUACUGGGAGGCAAAGGAGAACAACUUUGCGGGCAUUGAGUUUGUCGAGCUGUGGUAG